AUGAAGAUCCCUGGCCCUGGCGAGUUUAUCCGCCAAGCGCUGAUCCCAGUUUCCGGCGUGAAGCGUCGAAUCACAAAAAAGACGUCUCCUUCUGCCCUGGUCAGGCGCUGCUCGGGACAAGCUCCUGAGCUGCAGAACCAUUACAAUGAGCUGAAGGUCCCGAGGCAUGCCUCGAAAAGGCAGAUCAGACAAGCCUACCUCCGCCUGGCCGUGGAGGUUCACCCUGAUAAGCUCCGGGCACGGUCGGGACAAGAGCCAACACCAAGAGAGGUACAUGGCGCUACCGUGGCCUUUUGGCGAAUCACGCAGGCAUUCGAGAUUCUGUCCGACCCGGUGCGACGGCAGCAGCACGAUGAUUAUUUAAGCUUCAGUCCCUGUGUUCAUGAAGAAGAUGCACCAGUGCUUCGUUCACCUCUAAGCGAGGCGAAGGUGCUGAUCGAAGGGAUGAUGGUCGGCCGGGUGAUCCACCCACUGGACCACUGCACCGAAGUGCUGCUCAAACUCCGCAACUUCCUGAGGGGAAGGCAAACCACUGAGGAUGACGAUGUCGGCAACGUCGAUGCCAAUCGAAGAGCUGUGGACAGCUGCAUCCAUGCAAGCAAAUGGGGCUAUGUGGCGGCAAUGCAAUGGGCCAGGCUCAGCGUUCGUACGACCAGGACGAAGUCUUUGCAGCAAGCAGUGCGGUGGCGCGCUGCUCUCACAGAGUUGAAGAACACGGCACAACGGCGCAUGAACACCGGAGACUGCCGCCCUCUGAUCGAAGAUGAGCUGCUAAACACGCUGAGCGAUGAUCCGGACCUCAACCUAGCUUUCCGCGUUUCGGACCAAGAGGGGAGGUUCACGCCAACGACGGCCAACUGGCAACUGGCCCUGGAGCAUCACGCACGUUUGUCGGAGGUGGCUGAGGGCAAAAACAUCAGCACGAAGCGCGAAAAGUUCCAGCAACGGGCGAAGAACGAGGUCGAGAAAGACAAGCGGAAAUUCAAGUCUGCCUCAGACGAGCUGUGCAAGAAGAUCGACAGCGAAUUGAUUCGCCGCCAGGAGCAGAUGGUCUCCGCGCAAUCUCUUGCCGAGGCCAUGAAUUUGACGACACAGGGCCAGCUAGCACAGGCGCUUCAGCGGUUGCAGGAGCUUUCCCCAGGGGAGCUCCGGCGGAGGUGCGACCUGCUGCUUGCACCGCCCAACUCCUUGGAGAGCUCGGGUGGUUGGUCACCUGUUUGGUAA